AUGAAGAUACUGAAAUGCCCAUCAAGAAGAGACCACAAUUUCAUUCACUUUCUCUUCAUCUCUGUUUACGGUGCUGCAUCUGUACCUGUACCUGUACCCGAUUCGAACUGCUACGCUCUUGACAAUUCAAGUCGCCUUGUCGACUUCAGUAGCUGGAUCGGUCAUCCAUUUGAAUAUGAUGGGAAGGAAUUUGAUUUGGUGGUUAGAUUUUGCAAGGAUGUUGAAACAAGAGGGCAAGCGGGAUAUGUUGACUUUGGACGAUUUGACUUGUUAAGCUACUUUGUGUCUGCUUCUGGAAAUUUCGAUUACGUUCAAGGGUUUUACCACGGCGACCUGUCGAAUUGUGAGCUGAGUUACGACAAACUUGGACGAACAGCACAGGUCAAUAUUAUUUGUGGGAACUGUGCUGAUGGACGAUGUAAAGGUGGACUUGGAUGCAUAUGUAGUGUCACCCAAGAUUCAACUUGCAGAGUUACUGUCGAGUUGGCUAUUCCGUGUGAGAAACCUGGCCCGCGGGUGUUUAAGGGAUUCACGGUCGGUUUGCAUCCUCGCUCAUGGGAAAUUAUCUAUAAUGGCAUGACACAAUUUGGAUUUGAGAAGCCUCGUCGUGAGUUUAGCUUCAAGACCGAGCAGACUCAUCUUACACUCUAUAUGACUGCAAUUGCUUCUCUUUCAACAUUGGUAGGGAAACCUAUCAUCAAGGUUUUUCCAGAGAAUGGUCUUAAUGUUAAGAUAGCUGGUUCUUCGUUCACUGGAAAUCAUCCAACAACUUUAUCGCCUUCAACUUUAGUACUGUAUUGGAAUUGUGAGAAAUCUCGGCCAACUCCAUAUGAAAUCAAUGUCACCAUCCCAGUGGAUGGUUAUGAUUCUGUUCAGUUUUUCCUCACAAAACUCUGCGAAUACAACCAAGGUAGUGAAGGAGGAUCAGCGAAAGGAUGGGCUAUAUUCGGAGUUUUUUCCUGCGUAUCCCUCGUUGCAUUUACACUUUUCUGCUGUGGAGGAUUUAUCUACAAAACAAGAGUAGAACGCGUGCGUGGAAUUGAUGCAUUGCCGGGAAUGUCACUCCUAUCAGGCUUACUAGAAACUGUGAGUGGAAGUGGACAAAGCUACUCAAGAACUGAAGAAAUCAACAGUGCUUUUGCCAAUGAAGUGUCAUGGGACCGAUCUUCCGUGAGUUCUACUCAAGCACCAACACAGAGACCAAGUGAAAGAACAUAUGGUGCGAUCUAA